UGCUUGGUAACCAUGGUCGUCACAAUGUCUAGAGAUUCUUAGGGCCCAUCUCUCGGCAAGGAAGUCUUGAGGAUCUUCGCCAUCACAAGACAAAAUCACUUUGGAUUCCCUGGCGUCCUUCGGCUAUUCUCCUCGCGAAUAAGCCAGAAACAUGGUCAAGCAGAGCCGAGCGGUGAUACCGCGAAGACUUCGGCCCUUCAAUCAACGGACACAACAUAGAUCUUCAGGAGAUGGUAGUAGACCGAUCCCUCGUCAACAAGGAAAACAAGACGUCCUCAAACUCCUCGACAACAGAGACUAUGGAGAAAGGGAUUCGAGCAGUCGAUGCAAUUCUCGUGGGACCUAUAUAGGAGCCUCAGCCGAACCUCUUGCAGCUGGAUCUUUCGCACAGAUCGUUCCGAGAGCCCAAAACGCUACAAGAAAAUCAACUUCGGACGGAGGAAGCAGUCCACUAGAACGGUCAAAGAUAGCACAGCUUUUGGGGGCUUAUGUGCGUACAAUCCUGCGGCCCCUGUUCUGCGUCUCGUUCUCGCUAAUCUUCGAGGGCAUAUCCAGAGUCCAAACCAAACUUGAAUCACAGGCGUCUGAUUUGGUCGUCAUCAUUUGGAAAUCAGUUUCUAGGCAGGCCACAGGAAUCUCGACUAUGAAAGAAGUUGAAGAAGUGCGGUGCGUCCAGACAGCCUCGGCCGGUGGACCACCCAGUCGAGCAUUCUGCGAUCUGACGGAAGAUGAGGAACACAUCCGUCUUCACUGAUGUAUUCGAGAGGCUUUUCAGUCACCUCCAAGCACAUCUGCCCCUUUUCCCACACUGGCAAAGUCCCACGGCCCAAUCUCGCCUUGGAAAUCCACGCCUUCACAUGCUUCGU